AAGAAAAUCCAACCUUACUCCAGCCAAACGGCGUCGUACGGAGAAAUCCAAAUAAAAAUACAAAAACCUUGUCCUCGUCGUCGUCUCUUUCUCCUCCCCUCCUCUCUCUCGCCCUCUGCAACCCUAACCCUAACCCUAAUUCUAACCCUAACCCUAGAAAUCCGAAUAACAAAUCCCACCCAAAUGAACCUCCCAACCGCCAACAGAGGUGGAAGAAAAGAAGCAUCGGAGUGCAGCAACUGCGGGUGGACCCACAAGGGAAAGAAAGGGUGGGGCUGGUGGGCCCUCCUCCUCCACCACGUCCGCCUCCGCGGCAUUGACCGCGUGCUCUGCACCUCCUGCGUCCUCCGCCUCCACCCCUCCUCCUUCUGCCCGCUCUGCUUCGUAUUCUUCGAUAAUCCCCAUUAUGCCCCUCCCAUGCCAAACAAUUCCACCACCGUCCCCUGCUCCAAGUGCUCCUCGCUCGCCCACGCGCGCUGCCUCCCGACCGCCGCCACGCCAUCGGCCUCCUACCUCUGCCCCCCCUGCUCCAACCCCAGCUUCUCCUUCUUCGACCUCGACGAUACGCAGCGUUUUAUGGACGCGAAGCUGGCCUCAGUGCUGCUCUGCGCGGCCAGGAUCGCGUCAGCGUCGAUGAGCAGGGCGGUGAUCGUGGCACGCGCCGACGCGGAGCGGAAGGUGAAGGAGGCCUCGUUCGCGAAGAAGCGCGCCCGUGAGGCGCUGGAGCACCUGGCCAUGGUGGAGGCCAGAGAGAAAAACAGCAGGAGGAAGAUUGAGAACGAGAACGGCAAUGGCAAUGGCAAUAGCAAUGUAAAGAUGAAAGCGGAGGUGGUUGAUUCAAUGCAAAGUAAUGGGAAUGAGAGGGUGGAGACCAAGCAAAAUAUUGUCACAAAGAUUGAAGUAUGAAAUUGGGGGCUCAAGGAAUUGGAAUUUCGUCACUCUUUAUGGGAAUGUGAGUGAGUGAUGAGUGAGUUGUUUCUUUCUGCCGGAGCAUCAUGCAUUAGUUUUGUUGCUUUUAUUUCUGCUGUAGCCUGUAGGGAUUCUAAGAAUUAUGUGACUGAUACGUAGGUUGUUCCCGAUUGUAACUUUGUGCACAUUGUUGUUAUUGUUAGCCAGGGUACAGAGAUAUUUUCCAAUUUUCCAUUUUUUUUUUUUUAUUUGUGGGUAAAAAGGAUGCAGAUGUCAUUCUUUGUAGUGAAAUAAUGGAAUGUAUUUUUUCCUGUAAAUGAGUAGUCCACAUGUUUGCUGAUGUGGGUUUUUGCAAUUGAUCUCAAUGGUAUGAGAGCUUGAAAGAA